GGGGGUUCGCUCCCGCGCCACGCGGCUGGGCCAAUGGGAGCGCGCGCGGCGGGGCCCGGCGGUCCGCGCCGCGGCGGCUGAAAACCCGGCGCGCGGGCUGCGGGCUCCGGGCACGCGCCGCCGACCUGCCCCGGAGGCCGCGAGCCCGAGCGCGCGCCCGAGCGCCCUGCCCGGCCGGUGCGCGGAGUCGCCGGGCCCCAUGGCCCCCGGGACCCCGGCCCCGCGGCCCGCCCCGGGCCCGCGCCACUUCACCUGGGCCGAGGUGGCGCAGCACUCGGGGCGCGAGGGGGAGCGCUGGCUCGUGGUCGAGCGGAAGGUUUACGACAUCAGCGAGUUCGCGCGCCGGCACCCGGGGGGCUCGCGGGUCCUCAGCCACUACGCCGGGCAGGACGCCUCGGACCCCUUCGAGGCAUUCCACAUCGACAAGGGCCUGGUGAGGAAGUACAUGAACUCGCUCCUGAUCGGAGAGCUGUCUCCUGAGCAGCCCAGCUUCGAGCCCACCAAGAAUAAAGAGCUGAUCGAUGAGUUCCGGGAGCUGCGGGCCACGGUGGAGCGCAUGGGUCUCAUGCAGGCCAACCACAUCUUCUUCCUGCUGUACCUGCUGCACAUCCUGCUGAUGGAUGUCGCCGCCUGGCUCACUCUCUGGUUCUUUGGGACGUCCUUUGUGCCCUUCAUCGUCUGCGCCGUGCUGCUGAGCACAGUUCAGGCCCAGGCUGGCUGGCUGCAGCAUGACUUUGGACACCUAUCUGUCUUCAGGACCUCAACGUGGAACCACCUACUGCAUCAUUUUGUGAUUGGGCACCUGAAGGGGGCCCCGGCCAGCUGGUGGAACCACAUGCACUUCCAGCACCAUGCCAAGCCCAACUGCUUUCGCAAAGACCCAGACAUCAACAUGCACCCCUUCUUCUUUGCCUUAGGCAAGAUCCUCUCUGUGGAGCUCGGGAAACAGAAGAAGAGGUACAUGCCCUACAACCACCAGCACAAAUACUUCUUCCUGAUCGGGCCCCCAGCCUUGCUGCCGCUCUACUUCCAGUGGUAUAUUUUCUACUUUGUCAUCCAGCGGAAGAAGUGGGUGGACUUGGCCUGGAUGAUCUCCUUCUAUGCCCGCAUCUCCCUCACUUAUGUGCCGCUGCUGGGGCUGAAGGGCUUCCUGGGCCUUUUCUUCCUGGUCAGGUUUCUGGAGAGCAAUUGGUUUGUGUGGGUGACACAGAUGAACCACAUCCCCAUGCACAUUGAUCACGACCAGAACAGAGACUGGGUCUCCACCCAGCUCCAGGCCACCUGCAACGUCCACAAGUCCCCCUUCAACGACUGGUUCAGCGGACAUCUCAACUUCCAGAUUGAGCACCAUCUGUUCCCCACGAUGCCGCGGCACAAUUACCACAAGGUGGCUCCCCUGGUACAGUCCCUGUGCGCCAAGUACGGCAUCACGUACCAGUCCAAGCCUCUGCUCUCCGCCUUUGCCGACAUUGUCCACUCCCUGAAGGAGUCGGGGCAGCUCUGGCUGGAUGCCUACCUGCACCAGUAACAGCCGCGCAGCCGAGAGAGGAGCCUCUGGAGCCAAGGCAGCGGGGAGCCGGAGGGGCAGCACCACUACACUUCUAAUAUUGGGGGAGACCAAUCCAACUCCUCCCCCUUCUCUUCCUGGUACAGAACUCAGAUCCUGAAGGGGUGCGGAACAUGCACACCCCCUGGAAGAAGGGAUACAGCUGUGGGCAGGGCCGUGAGAGGUCCCUGCUUCUUCCAGGUUGGCAGAUGCAGAUGGCUGGUGAGGAGAGGAAGCCAGGAGGUGUGUGAGAACAGGGAGUUAGGGAAAGAUUUAGCACUAAACCUGCCCCAGGGUAGGGGUGAGCCAGCCUCACGGGUCCACCCCUCAGUGCCUACUCCACCCUUGCACACCAGCUUCAGACUUCAGAGGUUCACAGGCUGGAGGGAGAUGAAGCAGCUUAGCCUUUUGUGCAAGAUUUAGGAAGACAGCAUUAGUGCUUAGAAUCCUGAGCCUCUCCGUCCAGAGGGCCAGGGGAACAUCAGGUCCUAGUCUUGACGAAACAAGUCACUGAUUAAAAUCCCUUAAGUUUUUGAGUCACUUCUGACACCACCCGCGCGCCCAGGAAGGGGAGGCCGCUCCUUGCUCUACAAGCAGGUGGGACAACUCAGUCCUCUCCCUGGAAACAUGACCCCCGGUGGUGUCCACUGCUUCCCUGCCUAUAAUUGCAAGUUUAAUAAAAUAGCCAUCAGUGAGCACAAGGGACUGCAUGGAACACAGGUGCCUCGGCCACAAAGCCUGUAAAGGAGAGGGGAGAUCGUCACAGCCGGAACCACCGCGGUACCGCAUUACUCCUGAGCAGGAGCGGUGGGUCCUGCUCAGACCAACUGUAGAUCUAAGCCAGAAACAGGAAGAUCAAAACAGAGAAGCUUAUGAUGGCCACUGCUCUCUGCAGGCACCCUGUGUCUUUCUCUGCGGGAAAUCAGGUAGGAAUUUCAGAUAAUCUCCUAUGGUCUAAUAUGGAAAUACAGUUUUUUAAUUCUGGUUUUUAUAAAGUAAAACAGCUUAACCUCCUUCUAGAGAGCAGAAAUAGGCAUGUGCCAUGUGCCCCAGGAAUCGUUCCUGGUCCCAGGGCCUGUCCUCAGCACCCACGCUUCCCUCCCUACGCCCACAGACUUUCCGCCCCAGGGAAGAGAUUAUUCCUGCACCUGCUCAGCAGCAUCUGCUUUAGGCAUUAUUAACAUUUUGGACACUGGGACAACUGCAGACUUCAAGAAGGAAAAAGCAGCAGAGCCUUGUGCAAGUUCAUCUUUUGUUUCAGGAGAGAAUGGCAGACAGGGAGAUGGUCUAGGGGUUGUUCAGGGGCCAGAGGCACCGCCUGUGGAAAGGCUUAUGAUUACUUCCAGGUUUGUCAAAAUACAGGCAGGUUAAGAAAGAGGUGGAGACCUGGCUGUGAGUUGGGAUCUCAAACUAGAAACUGAAUGGAGUUCCACUGUCAUUGGCUUCCUCCCUCCAGAAUAGGUGCGGACCUUUCUCCAUCCCUGUUCCCUGCAGUGUCGCCAGCUGUCAAGCCAUCUGGCUUAGGACCCAGGCUGCCCAAUCUGAGCAAACCCAGCAAGGCUUACUGAGCCAAGUCCAAACUUCUAGGAACUUCCUCAAAGCAUCUCAACCACUGUGGCCUUCUCGCUUCAGCCUAGACCAGCGUGGUCCCACAUGGCCAAGGGACAGACCAGUGACGAAAGGCUCAGACUGUUUGUAACAGUCAGAUGAGUGGUCUCAGCCAAUCAGAUGGCAGAUGAGGACAGGAUUAGUGGGCAGGGCACCUUUUCUUACAGGUCGUGGCAGGAGUAACAUUUUUAAAAACGCCAACUUGUACGUUUAUCUUUGUUCCCUUUAUCUUCCUGUGACUUUCCUGGAGGCAAUUUCUUUAAUUAGGUCCAAUAUCAGUAUCCUCUGUGUGUGUGCCAGUCCUGUUACAUCCCAGUGAAGUACAAUUGAGAAAUAAAGUUAAUUCUGACCAAAUAAAGGCUGUUAACCUGUGAUCCUCCUUGUCA